CGGUUUAACAUUUGCACGGAUGAAUUUAAGCCCGGCAAAGUUGCCACACAAAUUUACAGUAAAAUUACCCAUAUGGCCACAUAUUUAAGCUCCAACCUGCGCGACAUAAUCCUUAACACACAUGUUCCCUUAGUUUUUCCAGACUUUCCCAUACACUGGGAAUGCUUUGAUGACUCGCUGCUGGAUUGGUGCGCUCGCUAUGACAAGGAUGCAAGUGUCUCCAGUUUGCCAGCAUUUGAGAGCAUGAGCAUCGCAGACUGCGACACGCCACAAUGGGAACGGAAGCGAAAGCGUGUCAAAAUGACGUUGCAGAAAUUUCUACAAGAUUUUACAAAGGAAGACCAGGAACCGACUGAGUGGGCCGCUUAUCAAUAUGUACGUGCCAGCGAAAUACCCGCAAGCUGCCUGACGGGCAUUGAUUUCAAGAGCUUUGGAUUUGCAGAACACCAGAACGACUAUAGCCUCUGGCUGGGAUCGAAAUGUGCCAAUACACCGUGCCAUUAUGACACCUAUGGUGUCAAUAUCGUGGUGCAAGCAUAUGGCAGCAAAUCCUGGUUACUCUUUCCGCCGGAGACUCCAUUGCAAAGCUCACGCAUACCCUACGAAGAGUCAAGUGUUUACUGUUUGGAGAACUUCUAUGCGCCCGCGCCCGACAAACUGAGCCACUAUGAGCAGUUCCAGGGUCAAGCCUAUCAUUGUCUUCUGCAUCCAGGCGAUGUGCUGAUCGUGCCUCGUCACUGGUGGCACUAUGUGGAGGCGGUGGAGACGUCGUUGAGCGUGAACUAUUGGGUGCCGCUUAAGACUGACUUGGACUUGACCCUAGAUGAGCUCAUAGUCAAACAUGUGGUCGAGAGCUUUGUCAAAGGUAGCUCACUCUUCAGUCAGUUCGAGCGUGCACUGCAGGAUCCAAGCUCGGAGAGCAAACGGAAACUAUGGGACGCUGAGUAUUUGGGCCAGAGCGAGGUAUUCAAACUCCUAAGCAGCGUUGAUGUGCGCGUGCGUGCCCUGGACGUAAUGCCCAAGGAGGCGUACACACAGCUGCUCACAAACAACGCCAAGCGGCAUGGCGCAACCAAGUCGAGCAGUGAGGAUAACAUUAUCAGCUCUACGCUGGAGCAGCUUAUCAAUAGCAUGUGUGCGCCGCGCUGCAUUGCGACCAUCAAAAGGGAAUUCUUUCGCCGGUUGGGCCAAAAUCAAAGAUUAUACCGCUAAGACGGAACGUUUAUUGUGAUACGUAUAUGAGAUUAAAAUCCAAUAAGCAUUCA